ACUAUUCUUAGACCUUUUGUUUUGCUGACGGCCGUCUGCCAUCCCGUUGACGACAUGUGGAAGGUCAAACCUCCAGUUGUGUUUCCUAUGGAGACAAGGUACCGGCCCAUUUUAGAGAAUUUGGUUCCCCCUGACCCCAUGUCCCAGUUCCACCUGAGGAGGGGUUCUCCUGACGAGGAGUUUCCUGACCUCUGCAGGAACUAUACCUGGAUGGGACAGAUCCUCACGCCGGCAAUGUACCACCGACAGUUCAACCGUUGCACCCAAAGCGGAGUCAUCUUCGAUGAUAUAAUUCGCCCAGGCCUCGAGGAACCAGGUGAUUUGUCAGGUCCCGUAUCCGUGGGAUGUGUCGCAGGUGACGCCCAGUCCUACAUCCUGUUCUGCGACUUCUUCGACCGAGUCAUCGAGGCACAUCAUGAGCACAAGAUCACCAGCCAGACGCCAGAGAGCGACUUCAACUACGACAACUUGAAGGGGGGUGAUGACUUGGACAGGUCAUACGCUGUACGUUGUGAGGUGAGUGCUGUCCGAGGUGUUGAAGACUUCUGCUUCCCAACACACUGCAGCCGGGGAGAGCGCAGACAGCUCCUCACACUGGCCAGGAGAGCUCUGCAGCGUCUGGACGAGAACGAGCUGCCAGGUCGACUCCUCUUGCUGGAGGAGCUGAACCAGGAGCAGCAGAGGGAGCUAAAUCUGAACCUGAACCUUCCCUCUUCCUCCCAGCUCCGUACCGGUGUGGCCCGGGACUGGCCUGAUGCCAGGGCAGUCUGGGUGAGUAAAGAUGGCAGCCUAGUCGUCUGGGUCAACAUAGAGGACCACCUCCGACUUGUGUCCACACGAGAUGACACCAACAUUGCUGAGGCCUUUAAAUGCAUCUGCCUCAACCUGCAGAAGCUGGAGGAAUUCUACAGAGAGCUCAGACACCCGUUCAUCUUGAAGCAGCAGCUGGGAUGGGUGACAAGCUCUCCGGCCGACGUAGGGACGGGACUGAGGAUCAGAGUCCAUCUGAGACUGCACCACCUGCCCAAACAUAUACGGCUGCAGGACGUCCUGAAGAGACUGAGGAUCCGCAUGGACAGACCGGAUGUUUCACCAGAAUCCCCAACACUGUAUGAAGUGAGCAACAUGGCGACAUUCGGCGUGAGUGAGGUGAGACUGACCCAGCUGGUGGUGGACGGGGUGAAACUGCUCAUCUCUAUGGAGAAGAGGCUGGAGGCAGGCCGUGACAUCGACGAGCUGGUUCCUACACAGAAGUAGAUCUGGAUGAUGAUUUGCUGACCCGAGGAGCCCAGUCAGACAGCCACAGUGAUCUGUUCUGGGUUUGCUACCUGAAUCCAACAGCCUUUACAGGUACUGGAUGGGAUCAUGCAGUUUUUAAAUGUGUUCUUUCUGCCUCAUCGGUUUCUCAGCCCAUUAUUCAGAAUUUCAUGAGAAGUGAAAUAAAUAUUCAGCUCGAUGUGAUUUCAUACAAAGUCAAUGCAAAGAUGUGAAUAGAUGCAAAUUUGCGCCAGGCGACAGGAAUUUCAGUUUGUGUGAGUGAAAUAAUAAACAAAAAUGUGACAAAUAAAUGGUACAAAGUGUGUGUGAAUGUCGGGGCUUUUGUAGUGCUGCAUGUGGAGGAGUGAGAGACAGAGCUGCUGAUGCCCACAGAGAGCCUAACCUGGGCCGCUCUGUCGGUGCUUCUGGAGGAGCAAACACCCAGUCACACCGGAUUCUGCUCUGACAUUUACACUGUUUUUUAUCUUUAGGGAUUAAAAAGCGGAAUUAUCUUGUAUUGGUCUGUGUGCAACAAGAGCUCUAUGAAACUUCUUCAAAUGUAUACAGAGAUCGUACAAAAAAGGAGAUUGUUGGAGAAAAGGAGAAUCAAACCAAACCAAAGCAUUUUUGUUGUCGUCUUGCAGACAGACCAGAUAAAAUACAAAUCGGGCUCAUGAUUAGUUAUUUCGGCAUCCCUUUAAUCUGUUUAUUGCAAUUAAAUCACAGCUAAAUAGGUUUAUUUUCGGUUUAUACUACAGCAGGAAGCCAGAUUAAAGGCAGAAUAUUUACUCACGUUAUGUGUUUGGGUGUAAUGCAUGCGUGCAUUUCCACCAAAGGCAAAGUGCCUCAUGUUACUGAUGGGAUCAUUUGCACUAGUAAAGCGCAGGCGAAACGAGGUGAAUAGUCGCCCUUUAAUCUGGUUAACCCUAGCAGUAUGAGCCCAAAAUAAACCUAUUAAACUGUGAUUUAAUGUCAAUAAAGAGACCAAAAAGAUGGUGAAAUAAAUACAUCACAACAAAUUCAAUUUGUAAAAAGUCUGAAGUCUGUCUGGAAGACGACGAGCAAACAACUUUCAAAAUGCUUGUUUUCUGAAUGGAGUUUGGUUGAUCAGAGCUAUGCUAACUUAGUUUAUGGUGAAGUAAAACUGACAGCUGGAAUCAAAUAACAGACAUAUUUUCCAUCUUCCUCUCUUCCUUUUGUCCAACAAUCUGCUUUUCCGUCCGCUCUCUGUAUCAAUAUGAAGUGGGAUCCUAUAUCAUGUUCACUUUGUGUCACCCAGCACAAACGUCUGCAUUGACUCUGUACAUAAUAUACUUACGGAAAUAAUUGUACUUGUGUUUGGUGCGAACACACAAUCAGUUAUAGAUUGUAUCAUCAGAGUCCAAGGGCCAGAUCUAAAAAUGUCACAUAGCUAUCAGCAAAGGUUCAAUGGUCCUACGUCCGAUUUUAAUUGACAAAAAAGAUCGGUUUAUGUACAGAGAACAGCGGCAGUAACCUGGAUGUACCCCAACAGAAUACACCAGGUCACGCAUCAAUAUGUUGGAUAAGAUUGAAAGCAAUAAACCAGAUACAUUGAUCUGGCAGCGGGUUAUUUAGCUAGGAAUCACCAACUAAUGUUAGUAAUUAGGUUUGUUUUUUAUAUCUGAGUGUUUUAUUAUAUUGGCCAAUACUGCUAUAUACUUAAUAUAUAAUAUUUUACCUUUUAGCAAAAAAUUGCAGCUUCUGUGAUUUGGAUAUUGCAUUUGGCCAUAUUAUGAUUUUGAUAAGAAUUGUGAACUGCAAUGACAGUAAUUGUCUAUGUUGUCCUCGUAUUGUAUUUGGUUGUUUACGCUAACAUGGACGUACAUAUGUGUCUGAAAUAAACUGAAAUUGAACUGCUGUGAUGACAA